AUGGAGUCAGUUGUGUCCAUAAAGCAAACCCAUGAAGGGUUUUGUUCCUUUCAAUGUGUCCAUACAAAAACCUUUAGAAAUCGUAGAGUUAGGGUUCGUAAUUCGGUUGUUUUAGCUACUGGAAUUCAUGGUAAACUGAAUGAUAAAAAUGGGUUUUUGAGUAAAAAGAUUAAAAGGGUGUCGGCCAUUUCAAAGUCGGAAACAUUUACUCCGAAUGGGAAGGCUGUGAAUGGGGAGAAAGCCUUGAAAUUGAACGGGAUUAACGAGGUUAAUACCAGAAGAAACUUGGAGGAGUUUGAGAAUAAUAACCAUCUCAGAAGACUGAUUAGGAAUGGUGAAUUGGAGGAAGGGUUUAAGUAUUUAGAGAACAUGGCUUAUAGAGGUGACAUCCCAGACAUCAUUCCAUGUACGAGUUUGAUUCGAGGGUUUUGCCGAACAGGAAAGACAAGAAAAGCCACUAGGGUUAUGGAGAUUCUUGAAGAAUCCGGAGCUGUACCAGAUGUCAUAACUUACAACGUUUUAAUCAGUGGUUAUUGUAGAGCAGGUGAGAUCGAUAAAGCACUCAACGUGUUUGAUAAAAUGUCUGUAGCACCUGAUGUCGUCACAUACAACACAAUCUUACGUUCUUUAUGCGAUAAAGGAAAACUAGACCAAGCAAUGGUAGUUCUUGAUAGACAGAUGCAGAAGCAAUGCUACCCCGAUGUCAUCACCUACACGAUCUUGAUAGAAGCUGCGUGUAAGAUGAGUGGUGUAGGACAAGCAAUGAAGCUUUUAGAUGAAAUGAAAACAAAAGGUUGUAAGCCGGAUGUGGUGACUUACAAUGUCCUUAUCAAUGGGUUCUGUAAAGAAGGCAGAUUAGAUGAUGCUAUCAAGUUCUUAAACAAUAUGCCAUCUACAGGUUGCCAGCCUAAUGUGGUCACACACAAUAUCAUCUUGCGAAGCAUGUGUAGCAUGGGUAAAUGGAUGGAUGCUGAGAAAUUUGUGGGUGACAUGCUUCGAAAAGGGUGUUCUCCAAGUGUUGUGACUUUCAACAUCUUGAUAAACUUUUUGUGUAGAAGAGGGCUGUUAGGGCGUGCGAUUGACAUCUUAGAGAAGAUGCCUAAACAUGGAUGUACCCCGAACUCUUUGAGUUAUAACCCUUUGUUACAUGGUUUUUGUAAAGAAAAGAAGAUGGAUCGAGCGAUUGAGUAUUUGGAAGUGAUGGUGUCCCGUGGAUGUUAUCCGGAUAUUGUGACUUACAACACUUUGCUCACGGCUUUGUGUAAAGAUGGGAAGGUUGAUUUUGCUGUGGAGAUUCUAAACCAUUUGAGUUUUGAAGGGUGUUCACCUGUUUUGAUUACUUACAACACUGUGAUUGAUGGGUUGUCAAAGAUUGGGAAAACGGGGCGUGCAAUAAUGUUGAUUGAUGAGAUGAAGGAGAAAGGGCUGCAACCAGAUAUAAUCACAUAUUCAUCGGUUGUAAGCGGGUUGAGUAGGGAAGGGAAAGUGGAAGAAGCGAUUAAGUUUGUUUAUGAUUUGGAAAAGUUGGGGGUGAGACCAAAUGUGUUGACUUAUAAUGCGGUGAUGUUGGGGCUUUGUAAGGCUAGAGAGACUGACCGGGCCAUUGACUUUUUGGGGUAUAUGGUUGGAAAGGGGUGUAAGCCUACAGAAGCCACUUAUACCAUUUUGAUAGAAGGUUUGGCUCAUGAAGGCUUAGCUCAGGAAGCUUUGGAGUUGCUUAAUGACUUGUGUUCCAGAGGUGUUGUCAAGAAACGGUCCGCUGACCAGGUGCUCGUCAAGCUUUAG